AUGUCCACUGAACAGUCCCACCAAGUUCAUUUCUGCUGUCAAGCAAAUGUAAGACCAAUUGAGCCAAGGCAAUCUAGCUCCCAUGUGAAAUGGUCCAAAAAUCUGGAGGAGAUGCUAGUACAACUGCAUGAGUUGCAUGAGCCAACCCCUCCACCAAUUGUCUCAAGUGGAAAGGCAGAUAUGGUGGGGUCAAACAUGGAUAUCACAGCUGAUUCAUGCAAAAGCUUGCUGGAUCAGUUCCUGCUGGAAAGGGAGCCAACUGCUCUGGCAGAGGACAGAAUCAUGGGUGAUCAACAUGACAACUUGGUGAAUUGGUUCCUGAAUGAACAGGAACCAACUGCUCCCCCAGUGGAUGGUAUGAAUGUGGAUCUACUUGCACAAUUGCUGAAUGCAUGGGAACCAUCAUCACUGCCAGUCACAGAUGAGAAAUUAAAUAGGAUGGAUGGGUCUUCAACACCUGCACAAGACAUUACUAUGCAGGUCAAUUUUCUGGCAGACUUGCACAAUGCAUGGGAACCACCUCCUCUGCCCAUCACCUGCGAAUCAUCAAAUCCAAGGGACCAAUCUCCUUGA